AUGGUAGCGAAUGCGAAAUCAAGAGUUUUAAUCUUCCAGAGUACAAAGGCGACGAAGAGUGUUGGUGUGAAGGACACUGCACGUGACCGACUGAUGCUCAAAAACUGCGCCACCGGCCUACAUCUCGAAGAUCACCACGUUUCCAAAGAAAAAGCGCCUUACACAUCGCCCCAUCGGCGAUUCCAAAAGUGCGCCUUCCCCGCCUCAGCGGCUCAGUCCCCCAAACCAAACCCCGACGUCGUGCCAUUCUUCCUCCACUAA